ACCUGCUUCAUAAUUCUAAGCCCGUUGUCCCCGCAUGUGCUUACAACGGUGAAGCAUUACUGUACUUGAGUCGAAGUCGAAAGUCAUGGCAAUCGUGGCAUGUAUGAACGAAUUGUAGUUCACUGCAAAUGUGGAAUGUUAAGCUAACCAUGUUGGUGUGUGUAUUAGAUGUAAUAGAAACUAAUUGAAAGUAGGAAAACAUGGUGUCUCUAAUAAAGAAACAAUUACUGAAGCAUCUGUCAAGGUUCACCAAGAAUCUGUCGGCAGAUAAAAUAAAUUUAAGUACAUUUAAAGGAGAAGGUGAAUUAUCUAAUUUAGAACUUGAUGAAAUAGUUUUGACAGAUCUGUUAGAAUUACCGUCAUGGCUCAGACUAACGAAUGCUUGGUGCAAUAAAGUAUCAUUUCGCAUACAAUGGACUAAACUGAGAAGUGUUCCUAUAGUUUUGAGUUUAGAUGAAGUUCAUAUAGAAGUAGAAACUUGUGAAGAUUUAAGAGAUUUAUCUUCCAUGCAAGGAUUGUCUUCGUACACAGGUCCUACAAAAUAUUCUUUUAUACACAAAGUAAUCGAUGGAAUAACAGUGACUGUUAAUACUGUAUCAGUUACAUUUAAAAGCCCUGCAUUUAUUGCUUCGGUUCAGAUGAAUCGUAUCAUUGUGGAAUCAAAGUCUCCGACAUGGCAACGUUGUGAUUUAAGAACUACUAGGUUGAAAGAUCCUGAUCGUGGACAGUUACUUAUCUUCAAAGAACUUGAGUGGCAAACAGUCAGAAUAGAAGCACAAAGUACUAAAGAUAAGAAUCUAACUCCUUUACGUUUACUUACAAAUCAAGCAAGAUGUCGAAUCACUAUCAAGAAAAGAAUCUCAGAUUGUUUUGUUAUGGGAUCAAGACUGAUUCUUAUAUUGGAUGACCUUCUAUGGGUUUUAACAGAUUCACAGUUAAAAGCAGCUCUUCAUUUUAUUGACUCCCUUGGUGGCUUAAUAGAAAAAGCCACAAUUUUAGAACGCAAAACAAAAGCUGCUAGAAAAUUAGAGGUAUUGCCGGAAUAUCAAGCACAAAUAUCACAGCAAUCCAGAACGAAAAAUCAAUUUAACACUGUUAUUUCGAAAAUAUUUACCAGAUACGAUGUUGUAGAAACAUCAUAUCACUUUCUCUGUCAAAGAAUUGAUUUGCAUUUAUGCGACGACAUUGGCAAUGGUAGAUCCUCCCAUCCUGAUUUAAAAGAUGGUGGGGCAUUGCAAAUUUCACUAGUUAGAUUUCAAAUUGAUUAUUAUCCAUAUCAUUUGGCAAUGGCUGAUAGAAAACAUUGGGCCAAGUACAGAGAAAAUGCUACCCGACAUAGUCAGUGGUUGCAACAAUCAUUGAGUUCUUUUCGAAGCCAGUUUAUGGAUCUCAUUGAUUCUGGUAGAACUCAACACUCUCCUUUGACAAGAAGUCAAGGAAACGUUGCAGUUAGCAAUACCAAAGGUUCUGGAGAAAAUUUGGAAAAGAACAAUCAAACGCAAAAUGCAAACGCAUUUUCCAAUGAUCAAAAGAAAUCACAGCAUCCGAGCGGUAAUCCAGUAAAAAAUUAUAUUCUAGAACAGCUCGCCAAAUUGAUGACAACAUGUAUCAUAAUAAGAAUCGAUGACUUUACUUUGUAUAAAGUAACAACGACAUCUCGCAAUCCUAUACCAUUUAAAAAUUGUACAGCUCAAUCAAGGAAGAAACACGCAACAGGUGAUAGGGACAGGUUUUAUCUACCAGAAGACGUAACGAUUCUUCACGCUGAAUUUACAUACUAUUAUUACCCUGGAGACAUAACAUUUCCAUUGCCACCACCAAAGUUUUAUGUACAACUGAAUCCUAUUCAAGUAAACUUUGAUGUUUGUUCCUGUUUAUGGUUUAAUUCUUUUGCAUUGAACUUACAUCACUCUUUAAUGAGUAAAGAUAAACACACAACACAUACUUCCACUAACUUAAUGUACUUUGAUGUAAAAAUUGAAGCUAUACUUCCAAGAAUAGUCUUUGAAAGUCAACAAGAUUAUCCAAACCAAAAGGAUAGGCCGAAGUCAUUACAUAUUCAGACUUCAAGGGCAUCGAUUACAAAUGUCCGAUCAACUGAAAGAUCUUCGAGAGCAGAUUUGGCUCAGUGCUUAAAUGCUUUCCAAAUGGGUCAGAUGUUCUUCAGCACUGAAUUCCCUAACAAAACAAACGAUUAUCAGGUUGUAACAGAUAAAUUUUUAGCGCAUUGUGCAGGCACUGAUAACGUGCGCCAUCCACCCGCAAAUUUUACUAGUAACUCUGUAACUGAAUUGGUUCGCCAAUUAAAUAGAGAACUUUUGUGGACAGAAGCAAAGGAUGUAUGGUGCUGUAAUUUGGAACCCGUAUGGGGCGAUUUCUUUGGUGCACGUGCAGUUGGACAAAAUCGUCCAGUGCCAUUUCUCGACGCAUUUCCCUUAACACUAUGGUGUUACAUGUCGAUGAACUCAUCGAAUUCGGAAAAAUUUUCAACCGCUGAUAUUCAUGGCCUUGCAUACAUAAGCAAUUUAGUUAGCGUACAGAUAAAUCAUUAUCAAUAUUUAUUUUUACUGAGAUUAUCAGAAGUUCUAUCGGAGAUGGCAACAUAUCUGACCAUUGAUUCAAAUAAAAUAUUAAACGAGAAUUCCGGCAGCUCACUUAUUAUUGGUGCUCUGAUACCACAAGUUGAAGUAACUUUUGUUAUGCCAUCCCACACACCUGGCAAAGAAAAUUCAGGCGCAGAUGUGGAAUCAGUGGUACCGGAUACAUCUAGCAUAGCGGAUGAAAUUGUAAAUGCAACUGCUCAGUGGCACAAUAGUAUAGACCGACCUGAUUUUAACAGUAAAAAGAUUAAUAUAAAUAACGAAGAUGUGAUUAUGGCAACGCCGCAAAGCGAAGCAUCAUCGAUAUUAUCAAUGGAUUUCAUGCAUACUGUUAUUCCAAAUCAACCCGUUGUUACAUUUAAGCAGAACGGUCCAAAUAAGCAUGAUCCAUUAGCUGUACACGAAAAGCAAUAUAUCGGUAUAGAAGAAGAAAAAGCAUUACCUACUAUGCGAACUAUACCUGAAUCCACAGUGAAACAUAGUAAAGGAGAUUCAUCUUCGAAUGCACCAUUCAUUCCUAAUAAUUUCAAUAUUGGUCUUUCCUCUAUGAAAAAAGGUCUGAGUAAUUUAAUGACAUCAUUUGAUUCCGCUUUAAAAGCUUCUCCCGAGGAUGGUAGCAGUGAUACAGUGUCUAUAAGAAGCGAUAUUAGUUCUGAUAGCGAAAAUUAUGUAUUGGUCAGUCUGCAAGAUCAAGAAAAAUUAGAUACGAUGUUUUCUGUUGAUAAUACAAUGCGAAUAACAACAGUAGAAGAAGCUAGCGAAGUAGUGGAAGAAACUCCUGAUACCCAAAGCGAAAAAUCCUUGGAUAGCGUGUGUAAACGUAAAGAUAUUGUGUCUAUGGCAACAUUUAAAUUGUCCAAAGUUGAAUUUAUUCAACAGUCUUACGGAUACGCAUCUUCCAUCAAGGUUCAAGUAUCGAAUGUCGGUAAUGACGAGUGUUCAUCUAUACCAUGGGAUGAAUUUCAGGUCAAGAGGAAGACAAAAUUCAGUGCACGAUCUAGAGGUUGGGUUGAAUUAGCUUCAGAUUCGAACUGUAGAUCAUGUAUCAAACUUCGUUUGGAUCAUGACUUAAAAUGCAAAUCCGAUUCUUACAAACUGUCUCAAGCGAGCCAUGUCACAAGCAACAAGAAUGUGCAAUCAUCUCAAAGUCAAAGUUAUAAUACCGAGCUGGAUAUAGAUACUGGAAUAAUUGAUAUACACAAUAAACAAAGUGUGUUAGAUCUAUUCGAAGAUAAAUUAGAUAUUAAAAUUACUGACAUAUCAAUGAUUUUAUCAAUGAGCUCAAUAAGCGGGCUUAAAGAUUUGUUUGAAGAUGAAAUCAUACCUAAGCCAAUACCAACCCAGAUAUAUUUAGAGUGUAUUUCAUUACAUUUGAAUGAAGAUCGUCCACCAACUAAUAUUACUUCGCCAGGACCGAUUCCUAUAGAUAUGAAUAUUUCAAAACUUAGAAUAGUGCGAGAUAUAAAUGGUGCUUUUCAUAUUGAACCAGUUGUGAAUAUGUUGAGCUCCAAUGAUUCUUUCAUAACGUUAUCAAACAAUGAUAAUCAAACAGAUCAGAAUGUAGACUACGAAAUAGAAAUAAAUCUUUUAAGAAAGUCUAGCAAGCAGUUGAAGUCAGAUAACGAGGAGCUUCGUCGACGUGUUGACACUCUGGAAAAAUUGUCCGAGGAGAAUGCAAAAUUAAUGCGCGUUAAAGAGGAAUCCGAUGCAGUAAAAUUACAUUUAAAUGCGGCGCAAGAGGAUAUACAGAUGCUUCUACGAGAGAAGAAAGCCUUGCAAGAAACAAUAACAGAGCUUCAGAAUCAAAUAAUUGGAAGUGGUGGUACCCGUGCAUCUUGGUCAACCAAAAGAUAGCACACCAGUUGUUUUGACUGCUCAAAAUGUUGUAGUUCGAAUAAGUCAUAAUAAUUAUUUCAAUGAUUUCCAAGCGAUUCUCAUUUUAUUGGGAAACAUGAAAGUUCACAUUAAAACAAUUCAAGUAUUUAAGCUUUGAGUUCAGUUAUACAGUACUUCCUGUUAAGAUACUUAAAUCGUUUUUUUUUUUGGUAGUUCAAUUUAAAUUUACAAGAAGAAUGCUUGUUCUAGUUGAUUAAAGAUAAUGCUUUUAUAUAUUUUA